AUGAAGUUUUUCAAGAACAAAGUAAACAAAAGAAAGCUAACUAAAUCACUCACAGAGACAGCACUGAUAGCGCCAACUGUCCAUCAGCACCAUAACAAUAAACCACUUGCACCAUCUCCUUCUCUGAUAUCAAUGCCACAACAAGCACCCACUGCUGCCAUGGCAGCAAAAGACUUGGAAGCAACCAAUAGCGAUAGUUGGCUUGAACUGAACCUUCCAAACGACUUUUCCAGCUCAUUUGAUUUACCACAGCUCCAACACCACCAAAGCGAAGCAACAUCAAGUAGUAAACUUGAAGCCAACGCUAGCAAAUCAGCCAAACAAGGAUCAGAAAAUAUUACGGAGACCUCUUUGCUCUCCUAUCCUGACAAUCAUAUCGACACAACCACUCAUAAUGAACCAAACAAACCUGAAAGCAUGAAUAAGGCGGCUGCAGCACUGGAACUACCAAGCAACUCGACAUGUAGUGCCGUAGAUAACGGCAACAAGCAAGACGAGAGUAUAAGUCCCUUGCAGCCAGCUGAGAAACAAGGAGACACACUUUUAAAUGACACUUCUCGUGAUGCGAUUGUAUUGGCCAAUGCAACACUAAUUCCAACUGAUGAUAUGCAGCAUAUUAAGCUGGAAGAAAGAGAUGACUUGUCAGAGGUAAAAAAUAGCGUAGAAGAGGAACAGGUAGAGGAAGCAGCGGUGGGAUAUGAUGACUUUUUGGCUGCAUCAACAUCAACAGCAUCAACUUCAGGUUCAGCUCCAUCAUUGAUCGAGCAGGAUAAAGACAAGGCAAUAGUGAUUGAGCGAGGGGACAAUACAGAGGAAAUGAAACCAUCAAAUUCAAGUAUAUCAACAGAGACACACGUAUCACAAGUUGCAUCGCCUGUGGAAAUGUGUAAUGUCCACAAUGAGAAUCUUGAUGAUUUAGUGAUAGCAGAGUCCCCAUCUCGCACGACCUCCUCAUCACCACUCAAAAUGAUUCCACUGGCAGCAAUAGGGCUAUCAACACAAGCAGCUUCAACAGAGAGCUCUCCACAAGAGUUGCAAAGGGAAACUUGUAGAAUUGCCAAGCGAAAAUCAGCCGUUUCAUUGAUUCCUCGUAAACAACAAACAGCCCAUUUACCAGAUGCAACUGUCAAGAAGGAUGGCAGACGAGCGUCAAGUAGUAGUUUCAUCCCUGUGCUUGCUACUCGACAUCAACAUCAAAACCCCACUAUUUGUUCAAUAUCAACUAAAGAUGGAUUGACGACUGUGCCGGUUACCUGGAGUCCAUCUUCCUCGUCAGAGAGAAACUCAGUAUCCAGUGGUAGUGCAAGCAGUUGCGGUAGUCAGUACCAGGAGAAGAGAACAUCUCUCAUUGCCAAGUCAAGUGCAACUCAACAGCAACUACUGCAGAGCAAAAUCCCCAAGGCCUCCUUUGGUAUGUCCCUCACAGCCAACACAGAAAUCUCCAAGGCGUCUACAGUCCAGCAGCAUGUGAGUAGACUACCAACAAAGCGAAAUUCAACACUGGUUUAA